AUGGCUUUUAGGGUGGCGACGAGCGUUAUCGCGCUCUUGACCGUGAAAAGUGUAGUUGCUAGGGACUUUCCUAACUGCCAAUCUGGUCCUCUUGCUUCUAACCAAGUAUGCAAUACUACUCUUGACCCAUGGUCGAGAGCGGCUGCUCUUGUGGCCCAGUUCAGUCAUGACGAGAAGAUAUCUAAUUCCUGGGACAACUCGCCAGGAGUUUCGCGUCUUGGUGUACCCUCCUACGAAUGGUGGAACGAGGCACUUCACGGUGUUGCCCGCUCUCGCGGAGUACAGUUCGCCAACUCGGGCAAUUUCAGUUACGCGACAUCGUUCCCUCAGCCUAUAACCAUGGGCGCAGCUUUCGAUAUGCCAUUGAUACGAUCCGUGGCCGAAACCACGAGCACCGAGGCCCGCGCGUUCAGCAACGCCGGUCGGUGCGGUCUGAACUUCUGGACUCCUAAUAUUAACCCGUUCCGCGACCCCCGUUGGGGCCGAGGACAGGAAGUGCCUUCUGAAGAUCCAUACCAUAUGAGUCAAUACGUGAUGCAACUCAUACCAGGGCUCCAAGGAGGCCUACACGGGAACCCCUUUUAUAAGCUCGCAGCUACAUGUAAACACUACGCUGGUUACGACAUGGAGAACUGGAAGGGGAACCGGCGAUACGCUUUCGACGCUAAGAUCACUAACCAGGACUUACAGGACUACUACCUUGCUCCAUUCCGUGCGUGCGUACGUGAUGCGAACGCCCAGUCGGCCAUGUGCAGUUAUAAUGCUGUAAACGGUAUACCGACCUGUGCCGACCCCUGGCUACUAGAAGAUGUAUUGCGCGGCUUAUACGGGUUUACUAGCGAGGACCGCUGGGUCACAGCCGAUUGUGAUGCCCUACAAAACGUCUGGACGGAUCACCGCUACGGCUCCUCAGCUGCAGGUGCCGCCGCAGCGAGUUUGAAUGCCGGCACGGAUCUCGACUGCGGCCAAUUUUGGCCUCAGAACUUGCCCUCAGCUUAUAACUCUCGACUCUUCAACGACACUGUUCUCGACCGCUCGUUGAUCCGGCGUUACGCGUCUAUGGUUCGACUGGGCUGGUUCGACCCGCCGGCGCAGCAGCCGUAUCGACAACUCGCAUGGGACUCGGUAGCAAAGCCGGAGGCUAAGGCACUUGCCUUGCUGGCCGCGCAGGAGGGUAUUGUGCUGUUGAAAAAUAAUGGUAGCGUACUGCCCCUAGCUCAGUCCAUAAAGCGCGUGGCUGUCGUUGGACCCCUCGGAACCGCAACGACGCAAAUGCAAGGGAACUACUACGGCAUUGCGCAGAGCAUCUCGACGGUAGUUUCGGCGUUUAAGGCCGCGGGAUAUGAUACCUCUAACGCGCAGGGAUGUGCCAUCACAGGAACCUCUACAUCUGGGUUCUCCGCAGCGCUGAAUGCAGCCAAGGCAGCAGAUGCGGUUGUAUUCGUAGGCGGCAUCGAUACUAGCAUCGAGGCUGAAGACCGUGAUCGCGAACAGAUUACGUGGCCAGGACAGCAAAUAAAUCUGAUCAAACAGUUGGUAGCAGCCAAUAUCGACAAGCCGUUUGUAGUCGUGCAGAUGGGAACUAUGCUCGAUAGUUCAGAGGUAAAAGCACAGACAGGCGUGGACUCGCUCUUGUGGGCUGGAUACCCCGGACAAGACGGCGGCGCGGCGGUGGUUAGUAUUUUGACUGGUGAGAAAGCGCCUGCGGGAAGGCUUCCGGUGACGCAGUACCCGGGAGACUAUGUAAACCAGGUUCCAAUGACAGAUAUGAACUUGCAGUCCGGUACUGGAAACCCCGGACGGACUUACAAAUGGUACACCAAAGAGCCCGUAUUCCCCUUCGGCCACGGGCUUCACUAUACCAGCUUCAACGUAUCUCUACCCACCGACCUUCCCACCACAUUCUCGACCGCAGACCUUACAUCCAACAUCUCAUUCAUAGAGACCGGCCCCGUCGCCUCAGGCAACUACCCCGACCUAGCACCAUUCCUCUCGAUCCCCGUGUCAGUAGCUAACACAGGAAACAUCACGUCCGACUACGUCGCCCUCGCGUUCCUAAAGGGCGAGUACGGUCCCGAGCCAUACCCGCUCAAGAGCCUGGUGGGCUUCACCCGGAUCCACGACAUCAAGCCCGGCGAGACGGGGACAGGAGCGCUAGACCUUAAGCUUGGCGCUAUAUCGCGUAGCGAUAAGGAUGGCAGUUUGACGCUCUGGCCGGCGAAGUAUAAGCUAGUGCUUGAUAUCGACGAUCGCGCAGCGUGGGAUUUUGAGAUCACGGGGGACCAGGUGGUGUUGGAGAAAUUACCGCCGAAGAGGUCGUGA